UGGAGGUAUUCAUAACGACGUUGGUGGAUGACUGAUAACCCCUUUUACUCCUACUUUCUCUGUUGGAAUAUUUUGUCGUGAAUACCCUUUUAAGUAGUCUAUAUUCGAGGAGUCGAAAUUAGAAAUAUGAUUUAGGGCCUGGACAUUGCUGUCUCGACUUUAUCCUAUGGUAGAUCUUCCGGAUUCUGCCGUAAAUGAAAGACUCAAUAGGCAAUCGGACACCCGGUUCAUUGAACCGAUAAUUCCUUCUGAUUGCUUCGGUAUGUUGCACCCCUUGACGGCAAUCUAGAUCUAUGGGAUACAUUUAUGGUAAUUGGCUCCGUUCAUAGAUCUUAAUGACACGACCAGACCACUUCGAUUAGUUGCCUACUAUGUACCUACCUUGUAGAUACCUACCGAUGAACCUAGAAGCUUCAUCUUCGAUCGUACUUGACGCUCGUCCCGAUUUAACUGUGUAUAGCUCGCAAUUAUUGCGGCCAUAGAUUGUAAGACAAACGAGAGAGAGAGUGGGAAGAUAUUAACACCAUGCGAAUUGUAGUAGCAGCAAUCGUCGCUUUAGCCGCGGGUGCGGGCGCCCAGAAGAAGGCUACCUUUGAGCCAUCGUAUCCUUCGCCCUGGGGUACAGGAGGACCCGGGUGGGAUGAGGCAUACGAGAAGGCGCGGGAGUUCGUUAGCAAACUCACGUUGUUGGAGAAAGUCAACUUGACAACGGGAACUGGGAAUCAGGCUGACUUGUGCACGGGAAAUACGGGGUCGGUCCCUAGGCUCGGAUUGAGACAUUUGUGUCUGCAGGAUGGACCUGUGGGGGUGCGGUAUACCGAUCUCAACUCCGUAUUCCCGGCCGGUAUCACCGCAGCGGCGACAUGGUCGCGAUCUCUUCUCCGGCGACGAGGCGAAGCGAUAGGCCAGGAGUUUGCGGGAAAGGGAAUUGACAUCCACCUCGGCCCCGUCGUGGGCCCACUCGGACGAGACCCGGCAGGCGGACGAAACUUCGAGGCCUUCGGGCCAGACCCGUUCCUGAGCGGGGUGGCGGUGGCGGAGACGAUUCUGGGCACGCAGAGCGCGGGCGUCGUCGCCAGCGUCAAGCACUACGUGCUCAACGAGCAGGAGCACUUCCGCGGCAGCAUCAGCAGCAACCUUGACGACAAGACCAUGCACGAGCUGUACCUGUGGCCGUUCGCCGACGCCGUUAGGGCGGGUGUGGGCAGUGUCAUGUGCUCGUACAACCAGGUCAAUGGCAGCUUCGCGUGCGAGAACUCGUAUGUGCUGAAUAAGUUGCUGAAGAACGAGCUGGGGUUUCAGGGGUUUGUGGUCUCCGAUUGGGGCGCCCAGCACAGCAACGUUGCUAGUGCGCUCGCUGGACUGGACAUGACGAUGCCUGGAGAGGGCUUCGGGACCAACAACGCGUACGGGACAUUCUGGGGCGGAGCGCUGACGGAAGCCGUAUUGAGCGGCGCCAUCCCCCAAUGGCGUCUCGACGACAUGGCGAUCCGCAUCAUGGCGGCGUUUUAUAAGGUUGGGCGAGACACGAAGCAGGUCGAUAUCAACUACUCAUCUUGGACGAACCAGACCGAGGACUUCCAAUACUGGGCGGCGAAGAUGGGGAAGACGACGGUGAAUCGGCAUGUGGACGUGCAGGCGGACCACGGCGCGUUGAUUCGCGAGAUCGGUGCGAAGGCGACGGUGUUGCUGAAGAAUAUCGGCGGAGCCCUGCCCCUCACAAAACCUGAGAGCAUCGCGGUUAUCGGUGAGGACGCGCAGGAUAAUCCGGAUGGACCCAAUGGCUGCGUGGACAGAAUCUGCAAUAACGGAACUCUUGCCAUGGGGUGGGGGUCAGCGACAGCGGAGUACCCCUAUUUGAUCGCGCCAGCUACGGCUCUGGAAAAACAGGCGGGGGAGGAUGGCACGGCAUUCACGAAUAUCAAGGGGAACUUUGAUCUGGACGCUGCUAGGGAGGCAGCGGCAAGUGCGUCUGUGGCUAUUGUGUUUGCUAAUGCGAACUCGGGAGAGGGAUACACCACCCUCGAUGGCAACAUGGGAGAUCGAAACAACCUAACCCUCUGGAAAGGGGGUGAUGAGCUAAUUCAGGCGGUGGCUUCGGUCAACCCUAACACCGUCGUGGUUAUACAUAGUGUCGGCCCGGUCCUGAUCGAUCAUUUCAAAACACACCCGAACGUCAGCGCAAUUCUUUGGGCAGGCCUACCUUCUCAGGAGUCGGGCAAUUCGCUAACAGACGUACUAUACGGCAAGGUCAACCCACAGGCCAGAACGCCGUUUACGUGGGGCAAGGAGGCGAAAGACUGGGGGGUGUCGAUCCUCUUCAACUCGACGUCAUCCACGCCGCAGCAGGACUUCGCUGAGGGCGUGUUCAUCGACUACCGGUACUUCGACAGAGAAGAGAUCGAACCGAGCUUCGAGUUCGGCUUCGGACUCAGCUACACCAACUUCACGUACACGAACCUGGUAGCCGAGCUUCGAGACCCAGGCGUGUACACACCGGCCAGCGGGACGACGCCGCCGGCGCCCACGUAUGGCGAGCUGGACAUGGACCCCGCGCAUGCGGUGGCGCCUGAGGGGCUUGACAAGAUUCCGAGGUUCAUAUACCCCUACGUCAACAGCCCCAGCUUCCCGAACUCCACGGAAAAUAUCCCGGCGGGCAGUCACAAUGCGUCCGCGCAGCCGAUCCUGCCGGCGGGUGGGCCGUCAGGAGGUAAUCCGGAUCAGUACGAGAUCUUGUAUGUCAUACACGCGGACAUCACGAAUAGCGGGGACGUGACGGGGGCUGAGAUCCCGCAGCUGUACAUAUCGCGCGGCGGCCCCAACGAACCAAAGGUCGUGCUGCGCGGGUUCGACGAGGUGCCCCUGGAGCCAGGCGAGACGGAGACCGUGGUGUUCAACGUCACGUACCGCGACUUGAGCAACUGGGAUGCCGAGGCUGGGGAUUGGCGGCUCACGGGGUCUCCGAAGAAGGCGUAUGUCGGUGCGAGUUCGAGGGAUUUGCGUUUGUGGGUGGAUCUGCCGCUUCCGAGGUGAAAGGGUUCUUGAGGAUGUGUGGCUGUCUGUUGAAGUUAGGUGGGUAGGGUGGUAAGUAGGUUGUGUGGCGG